GCGAAGAAUCAAGCCACGGGUGUGGCCUCGAAGUUCAAUAUCCCGAUCGCCGUGGAUGUCUUGAAUGGUGUGGACAAGUUGCUCGACGAAGCCACGAUCACGCUCGUGCAAGGCCUCCUGUUCCACGCUCUCAAGACGGCCGCCGACAAAGAGAAGCUGCGCGCAGCGGUCGUCAACGCACUGAACCUCUUGAGCGACAGGAGGAUCGACCGCUCGCGCUUGACGGCCCCGCUCAAGAAGAAGGCCGAGAGUGCCAUCCGUUUCCAG